ACAAGUUUUUUCACAAUGAAAUCAUCGAAAAAAAUCCCAUCGACAGCUCCAAACGAGGCCUGUUUGAACAACAUCCUCAUUAUUUGCUCACCUAUGCGACAGGAAGAGCAUUCGAUGUCCUAAAGAUUCAACUUUCAUCAAUGAAGACGCUCCUAAAUUCAACCUCGGAGCUUCAUCCUCUCAUGGCGACGACGUCUUCCUACGUGGAACUCGACCGUUACAAGCUUAUCCCCUUCUCUUUCUCGCCCCUUCGCGCCUGCCCAUGUCGCCCACUCCCUUCGAAACCCAUCAUUUUUUCUCGGGUCAGCGCCAAUUUCGGUCAAAUGGGUUUGUUCCUGGACGGCUCGAAAGCUAAACGGACCUUUUGGUUUAGCCGAAAAGGCGUCGUCUCGCCCCGCCGACGAUUCAUUACUGCUUUCGCUCCAGCCCAGCCGGGCAGCCUUAACGGUGAUAAUGUCGAACAGGAAGUUGACAAAGGCCAAACAAAAUCAAUGAGUGUGGAUACGGCUUCAGAGAGCCAACAGAAAGCAAGCCAGUUAAAGAAGAGAAUUGUUUUCGGACUUGGAAUAGGAAUUAGUGUAGGGGCCGUGGUGUUGGCUGGAGGAUGGGUUUUUACUGUGGCUUUUGCUGCUGCCAUCUUUGUUGGUUCUCGAGAGUAUUUUGAAUUGGUUAGAAGUCGUGGAAUAACUUCAGGAAUGACUCCUCCUCCGCGAUAUGUUUCACGAACCUGCUCUGUCAUUUGUGCUCUCAUGCCCAUACUCACCUUGUAUUUUGGUCACAUUGAUGUUUCUGUGACAUCAGCUGCCUUUAUUGUGGCUAUGGCACUUCUUUUACAGAGAGGAAAUCCUCGUUUUUCACAGCUUAGUAGUACCAUGUUUGGCCUAUUUUAUUGUGGAUAUCUUCCUUGUUUCUGGGUCAAGCUUCGAUGCGGUCUGGCAGUGCCAGCCUUAAACACUACAAUAGGAGCGUCAUGGCCUACUCUUCUUGGUGGGCCAACUCACUGGACAAUUGGCCUUGUUGCAACCUUAAUCUCUAUCAGUAGCAUCAUUGCAGCUGACACCUGCGCAUUUCUGGGUGGCAAGGCAUUUGGUAGGACACCGCUUAUUAGUGUUAGUCCAAAGAAGACAUGGGAGGGAACAAUUGCAGGCUUGGGUGGUUGUAUAGCCACUUCUGUUGUUUUAUCAAAGAUUCUUUGCUGGCCUAAAUCCAUGCUGAGUGCAAUAGCUUUUGGGUUUCUCAAUUUCAUCGGGUCUGUUUUUGGCGAUCUUACUGAAUCAAUGAUAAAACGUGAUGCGGGUGUAAAAGACUCCGGAUCUCUUAUACCUGGACAUGGAGGAAUACUAGAUAGGGUAGACAGUUAUGUUUUUACAGGUGCACUUGCAUACUCUUUUGUCAAAAUCUUUCUGCCACUUUAUGGAGUUUGAAUCAAAUAACAAUCACUCUCAAAGGUGAAAUUAUAAGUGAAGAAUCAAAGUUUGAUCAGAAAAAUUUUCUGGGGUUUUCUCAUUUUGGAUGGCUGCAUCGGACAGAACAAUUAGUCAAAUAAACUUGAAGCUGGAAGAAAUCUCUCUCUUAAAAAUAACUCUAUGUUUUAGGUGCUCCACCAGGAAUUGGAAUAAAUCAAUCUCAUCCUAGAAAAGCAUUUCUAUAUACCCUUUCUUGCCUGAGAGGGGAUUUGGUGACAAGGUUUUUAACUCCACCUGAUAGAAUGUUAAAGAGAUCUCUUUCUGGACUUGGAGGAGAACACUUGUGGCCGAGACUAACCAGAGCCAGAGGUCAGUUUGUUGAUAUAUACAGUAGCCAAUAAUAACUGAAGAGGCUAGUUUAGUCUACAUAUUCAUCAUCUUCUUUUCACUCUCUUGAAAUUCUUCAAUAAAAUCUUCUUUGUUUGUU